GCUUCAGGAGAACCAAGAGCCUCAGGAAUCUACUACUGCUUCCUAUCUCGUAUUAAGAAAUACCAGAAUCUGGAGGCUCACGAAGUAAAUUGGAACGUAAAUUGGCUUAGGAUACUUGUGAUCCAGAAGCUUCACAAUGCAGUGCAACAUCAGGAUACUGCCUCUGGAAGCUAGGAUAAUCGGUCAACGCGCAUAUCGUCGCCUCUCCCAUGAAGAAAGGAAAAUCAGGCUUGAGAGGCACAUACCAAAUUUCCGAGAGGUGUAUCCGGAUUUCCAACCCACCUCCAUGUAUGGAAGACGAAAUUUGCUGCGAGAGGAACUGGAAAGGAAAGACAUGUUAGAGCGCCGUUUACGAAUAGAUAUUCCUGAAUUCUACGUUGGUUCCAUUGUUGCUGUUACUUAUUCGGAUAAAAAAUUAGUGGAAUUGAAGAAUCGAUUUUUGGGCAUAUGCAUUAGCCGAAGGUUGGAAGGUUUGAAGUCGCAAUUCACACUACGGAACAUUAUCGAGGGAAUAGGUGUGGAAAUUAUGUACGAAAUGUAUACACCAACGAUUACCAAAAUAGAAGUAAUCAAGUUGGAAAAGCGCUUGGAUGAUGAUUUAAGCUAUUUGGUUGACGCUUACCCCGAAUAUAGUACAUUUAAUAUUCACAUGGAACCUACGUCUCAUAUUGUUGGAAAACCAAUUCCCAUAAAUCCGCUAAAGGUUAAACUGCGUCCACCACCAUGGACAAGGAGAUGGGAACUUUUUGAUUAUAAAGGAAUAGAAGAUGUAUGGAGUGAGCAAACUCCGUGGUAUAAAAAGAAAUUUAGGAGAACUAAGAUCACUGACCUCCGCAAAUAUGAUCUCAUAGCCGAUUAUCGUCAAAUAGCGACAGAUAUCGAUGAAGAAUUGCUAAUUGAACAGGAAAUGCUGGAUUUUGAAACUCAAAAACAGCAAGCCGGUGCAACUAAGAGGAAGAUAUUGCGAUCUGCUGAGCAACCACAUAGCCACGAUUUAUAAAUUUCCGCUUCUACAUCUAUGUAUAUGUUUGCUGUAGUUGGUCCUGAAGUUUGUCAUAAAGGCGU